GUCUUGCACGUGACGUGGCUGGGAUAGGAGACAGAAAAGGUGGGAGGGCGGCACGACUACAGGUGUCCCACGCACGUCCACUUCUACACGACACUGAUGAAAACUGAGGCAAAUUUACCACUAUGACGACCAACAAAUCAUUAUUUUCCCUCAGUUUGCUCUUCCUGAAUCUGUUCAGCUACGCCAGAGCGGACGAACACAGUCACACGUAUGUGGACAAGGAAGAGGUUGUGCUGUGGAUGAACACAGUUGGACCAUACCACAACAGACAGGAAACAUAUGAGUACUUCUCCUUACCUUUCUGUGCUGGGCCCAAAGAGGCGAUUGGUCACUACCAUGAGACAUUAGGAGAGGCCCUACAGGGGGUGGAGCUUCAAUUCAGUGGGCUGGAUAUUGAUUAUAAAGUGGAUGUGCCCCAGACGAAGUACUGUGAGGUAGACCUAACCAAACAGAAGUACGAUGCCUUUGUGUAUGCAGUAAAGAACCACUACUGGUACCAGAUGUACAUUGAUGACCUUCCUAUUUGGGGUAUUGCUGGGGAGAUUGAUGAAAACGGAGAUGGCUACUACCUCUGGACACACAAGAAGCUGGACAUCGGCUACAACGUGGACCAGAUUGUGGACGUGAACCUGACCAGUGAGGCCAAGGUCAAGCUCAUCCCCAACACCAAGAUCCCCUUCACAUACUCUGUGAAAUGGAAGAAGUCCAACAUUCCUUAUAAGGACAGGUUUGACAAGUACCUGGAUCCUAACUUUUUCCAACAUAGGAUCCACUGGUUCUCCAUCUUUAACUCGUUCAUGAUGGUUAUCUUCCUGGUGGGGCUGGUCUCCAUGAUCCUGAUGCGCACGCUGCGUAAGGACUACGCACGCUACAGCAAGGACGACGAACUGGACGAUAUGGAGAGGGACCUUGGAGAUGAGUACGGCUGGAAACAGGUCCACGGGGACGUCUUCAGGCCAGCCUACAACUGCAUGCUGUUCUCUGCUCUGAUUGGCACAGGCUACCACAUCUCUGUGGUGGCUUUCAGUGUCAUCUUCAUCGCCAUAUUUGGAGAGCUGUACACAGAACGAGGAUCCCUCCUGAGCACAGCUAUCUUUGUGUAUGCUGCAACAGCACCAGUCAAUGGGUACAGUGGUGGGGGCCUGUAUGCCAGGAUGGGAGGCCGUGUGUGGAUCAAGCAGAUGGUGCUGAGUGCUUUCCUGCUGCCAUGCCUGGUGUGUGGCACGGCCUUCUUUAUCAACUUCAUCGCCAUCUACUACCACGCCUCGCGUGCAAUCCCGUUUGGCACCAUGGUUGCCGUUACGUGCAUCUGUCUGUUUGUGAUCCUGCCCCUGACCCUGGUGGGGACCGUCCUGGGGCGGAACCUGUCCGGACAGCCCAACUACCCCUGCAGGGUCAACGCUGUGCCCCGACCCAUCCCAGAAAAGAAAUGGUUCAUGGAGCCGGCUGUCAUUGUGCCUCUGGGAGGAGUGCUACCCUUUGGAUCCAUCUUCAUAGAGAUGUAUUUCAUCUUCACGUCCUUCUGGGCAUACAAGAUUUACUACGUGUACGGCUUCAUGCUCCUGGUGCUCAUCAUCCUGGCCAUCGUCACCAUCUGUGUCACCAUCGUCUGUACCUACUUCCUGCUCAACGCAGAGGACUACAGAUGGCAAUGGACCAGUUUCUUGGCUGCAUCCUCCACUGCUGCAUAUGUGUACAUGUACUCCUUCUACUACUUCUUCUUCAAAACCAAGAUGUAUGGGCUCUUCCAGACUGCUUUCUACUUUGGUUACAUGGCCCUGUUCAGUAUAGCUCUUGGAUUUAUGUGUGGAACACUAGGGUAUGCAGGUACAAGUGCAUUUGUUCGAAAGAUCUAUACCAAUGUAAAGAUAGACUAAGUGUAAGACUGUGAUCAACAACCUCUGCAAGAGGACAUGCCGAAGAAAAAGUCCACACCAUGAAGAACUUAUCCUCUCUUUAAGGUAUUACUUAAGACCAUUUGGAUGUGACUGUACAGAGAUGUUAUCUUUUGAUGAUGACCCAACUUCGAUGUUUUGAACAUAGUGACCAGAAUUACAAUUCCAGCCAUUUCAUUUGCUGCUUAUUGUGGUCAUGUACACAGCUUCUUAUAUUGGACCAUGUUCACAAUUAUAUGUGAUAAGCAGAUACACAAUAGAUGCUGCUGUCAGUCUCCUAAGGGAUGUUUAACACAUGUAAAUGGUAUUUCUUACACAUUUUACACGCUGUUGUGUUUCAAAGAUGGUCAGGAAUUUGAUUAAUCUCGUAAUUAUUGUUUUUGGCAAUGCCUCAGGGGCAGAGCCUUUAUUGAUCGCUUGCUUCAUGUAUAUGUGACCUUAAAGUUGUGGCAAUGUAGAGGUGCUUGAAGGACAAUGGUUUAGAUUAUAUGUAGGGUCCAUCUUGUUGAGUGGAUGGGAGGGUAAGAGGUUGGAUGAAAUGCUGACAAGCGAUAGUCUUGGUGUUACAAGAAUGAGUGAGAAGUACCAGAGGAACAGACAGAAUUUAAGAGCAAUUUUAUUUAAGGUGCAUCAGAUGGAAAUAUCUUAAGGGAAGCUGCGACAACAACCUUGCUACAGUGAAGACAAUGUUCAGUACUUACCUGUAACUUUAAGUGGUAGUCCAUGUACAUAGCAGUGCCCCUAGCAGUACUGGUCUGAACUUCAGUAAAAGAUCAGUGCAGUAUGUGGAAACAGUAGUUUCAAGUGACACUGAUCCAAGUGGGUAUUUUUGUUGCACUUUUGUAGCACAAAUACAUGUAUUACUGUCCAAUAAAAUACAGAAUGAUUGACAUACAUGUAUGAUAUAUAUAUGUGGCUUUUGUAGGACAGUUUACCAUUAUGUAUCUACUAUUCAUUGCCCAGAAGUGUACAAAUAGAAUAAACUUUAUCUUGGAAUGUUUGGCACAUGGAAUAUAGUCAAAGCAUUGUUUCUGGAGAGCCUGUAUUUUUUUGUUACAGUUUUAUUUCUGGCAUGUUUACCCCAGUUAGCUCAGUUUCAUUGAAAGAAAAGCAAGCCUAAAUAGUUGUCAUAUUUCUUACAUAAAACAGAGCCCAAUUUUUUAUAGCCGUUGCACAUCUUUGAGAGACUUUGCACAUCUGUACAUGUUUGCCAAGAACCUGUGCUUUGAUCCAUGUGCCAAGGAUGGAUGUUUGUAAAUAUUUCAGUCUUUUUGUGUCAGACUUGUAGAUGUGGGUCAACAGUCAUGCUAACAACAUGAAAGAAAAACAACGUUGGGAAGUCAGUGUCAUGCUCCGACAGUCAAAACACUACCUGUUGGUGAUUGGGGUGUAUAUUGGGUCAAUAGUGCAGUUGUAGAAAGUGCUUUGUUUGUGUAUGUAUGUUAGAGUUAAGCGAGUUUUGCAGUCCUGUAAGAACAGUAUAGAAUCCUUGUGUUACGAUUUUUGCAAAACAAUACAGUAAUUUUUUUGCUGCAUUUGUAGGCACUAUUGCAUAUAUAUUUGUGGGACCACAUGUGAAAUUGUUUUCGUAAUUGUUCAUAUGGUAUCUAAUUGUACAUUGACUUUAUUAGGGGAGACAGACAUUUUAAGGGCACCUUGCAUGCUAGUGCAUUGUUAAGUCUAAAAGGAUGUGUAGAAACAAUUCAUGAGCUUGUAUAUAAACUAUGUAUACAACUUUGUAAACAUUGUCAAGAAUACUUUGUUCACAAUAUACACUUAAGACACAAGGGAUUGUGAUACCAGAAGAAACUGUCCAUUAUAAGUAACAUCUUCAUAAGUUAAGUCAAAACGAUGAUAUUCUUGGGUGUUUUUCAAAAGGCGUUAUAGACGAAUAUAUCUAUGUAUAAGAUGUGCACGGGUGAUAGUAUGGUACGAUAGUUGGCUUUUACCCGUGUUUCACGUUAAUUAAGCUGUGAACGCAGGAUUUAUGGAAAGCUCGUUAUGGAUCCAUUGGGCACAGCACAGCAGUUGAGGCUAGAUGUAGAAGUAAUAAAAUUUGUAGAAAAAGA